AUGGAUGAAAACAACGAAAACGCAAGAAACAUAAUUAUAGAGAUAGAUUUAGAAAACCCAUCUCCAGUUUUACAACCGACUCCAAUGAAUGAUCUUUUAGAUUUUGGAGAUCUUAUAGACGAACCUUUACAAAAUUCCACUACAGAUUCUUGGCAACUCUCAACUGAUAAAACACAUGAAACGCGUGAAGGUCAAUCCAUCACAUGCGAUUCCUGCGCAUCCUAUACUAAAAAAAUAAAUAUGUACAAACAACAACUUGAUUCUAUGGAACAAGAAGCAAUUAAUCGUCGAGAGAAAUUAGCCAAUAGUUACGAUGAGUUAAAAAAAGUUUUAACCCUUAAAAAAGAAUUAAUCGAAAAGUAUUCAGUGAACGAUGAAUCUUCUAAAGCCCCGGCCUCUGGAUAUUUUUCAAAACCUGAAAACAACAUUUAUUCGUACGGAUAUUCUGAUGCCGGUCCGAGUGAUCUUUCGAAAAAUAAAAAUCAGUUUGAAUGGUAUAUUUCAUCUGAUCAAAGUGAAGCGAAUGUCCAAGAUGAAUAUAUGAAAGGUUAUCAUGAAGAUGUUGGAAAGAAUAAACACCCAGCAGUGAUAGACGGUAUUGAAUUAUUUAGCAACGUCCUGUUAAAUCAUAUUCACAGCUUGGAAUUCUUGAAAUUAGAACAAGAGUACAAUAAUUAUUUUGACGAAGAAGGAAACCUCAUUUGUAGCUUCCCAGAUUUUGCUUCUUACGUAAGAGCUGGUCAAGUAUUGCAUAAUCUUCGAAGAUUUGAAUUAACUUAUUGGAUUGAAAUUGCGAGUAACAAUGUCACUGAAGAAAAAAUUAUAGGUUUACUCAACAAAGUUAUAGAAUCCUCAACGGUUAUUAGGCAAAUUGCGAUUAAUAUGCCAAGUUUGCUUGAAACUCAACCCAUAGUUCCACUACUAUCUAAAUUAAUUAGUAGGCAACGUAGCCUUGAAACAUUGGAAUUUGAUGGCCGGUGGGAUUCCAGCAUUUCAAAUACUUUGUGUUUAUCAAUUCAUAGUAACCUAAAAUAUUUAAGAAUCAAUAAUUUAACCACGAUUAUAGAACUUCUUCCCAUCCUUAACUCAUGGACUCAUCUUGAUACUUUGGUAUUAUGUAGACCACAAGUUAUUGAUGACUUUACAAAGAUUAAUGUGGACACUCUGCCUCCAAUUUUCAUUAGAAAAUUGUUAAUUUACGAUGUUGGAUCAGAUCGAAAAAUCUUGGAUAACUUUGUAGGAUUAUUACUUCGAUUAGCAAAUCGUCAUUUAAAAGUGUUCUCAUUACAAGAAUGUAUAACACCUAAACUUUGCAAAAUACUUGUUGAAUAUUGUCGAAAUUUAACGCAUUUAUCAACAAUUAUUAAUACUAUCGAUCUUUCUUCGCUUUGCACUACACUUAAAUAUUUACCGAGUAUUGAACAUUUAAUAAUAGUUCAGAGUAAUAGUAAUUCUUCACGACAACGUUCAUGGAUGAUAUCAAACAGUUGUGGUGUUAAUAGACAUUCAUGGGAAACAAAAUCUCUUAAAUGUCUUGCCAGCUCAUUCCCACCUUGCCUCAAAUAUUUAGGAAUGUGCAUAAAUUUUUCGGUAACUCAACUCAAAAUUCUUUUACAAAAUAUUGAUGCACCUAUUUGUAUGAUGGAAUUUUGUAAUGUUGGUGGUGAUUUGAUGAUGGAUAAAGCAUUAGAGUUACAUUUUUUAAGAUUAAUGGCGGAAUAUGCUGCAAGAAAUCCAGGAUUUUGUGUACUUGGAUUACCUGAAAAUCCAGAAGCUUGGUAUGAUGCUGAUUUUUGGAAGAUGGCGAAAGAUUCUAUUCCUGUGAUUAAGAA